CUCACAGAAGCAGGCGUCGACUACAAUGCGUUGAAUUUGGAUGUAAAAAUCAAUUCGGAUAUGAUAAUUACUAUAAAACAGUUACUGAUGUUCGCAGUGCAGAUCAGUUACGGCUUAGAAUAUCUCAGUCAGAAAGGCUUUGUGCAUCGUGAUGUGGCAGCGCGUAAUAUUUUAGUUCACGAAAAAAAGAAUGCAAAAAUUGGUGAUUUUGGCCUAUGUCGGUACAUCUACCGUGACAGCUCAAACUACAAGGGACGAGGUGGACGGCUGCCUGUUAAAUGGAUGAGCCCGGAAGCAAUCAAGCACUACGAAUUUACAACACAGUCUGAUGUGUUAGUUUUACUCAGUGGUGCAUUCGUUUUGACAUAUGUCCAGAAGAAGUUUUUCAAGCUUCAAGUCGUCUUGCCGAACAUAAUGUUUCUUUUUUUUUAA